AUGUACAUUAUCACAUGGAAAUGUGCCUUCAGCAUAGUGGGCACUUUGGUGGUCUACUUCUUCCUGUUCAUCUUUGAGGACCUCCCAACCUCCUUGAUUGCUUGUGGAGCAGCUGGUCAACUGUGUCAUCUCCUCAUAUUGAGGAACUUCCCAUAUUUUGACUUUACAUCACCUGCAUUCCUCUUUGGUAUAGAAGCUGAGCUGUCCAGUGCCCUAUCAGAAGAGAAAGUUUUGAUUAUGGAAAUUAAAGUGAUACACAGUUAUUGGGUGACACAUGCAAGUGACAGGAUCUUGGCAUACUUCACUGUUUGUGUUUGGCUCAUUCCCUUUGCUUUCUUUGUGUCCCUUUCUGCCAAUGAGAAUGUUCUACCUUCCUAUGUGGAAGCUCGACCUCUGCUUAGUGAUGUUCCAUAUGCGAAUUGUAGCAUGCCUGCUCUUCUGCAAUUCCCCAAACCAUUAAUGAGCCCUACUGUGAGAGACUCUGGAGGAAUCAUAGUACAUAUUGUGGUCUGUCUCUACUUGUUUGUGGCUUUGGCCAUCGUGUGUGAUAACUACUUUGUUCCAUCGCUUGAUGCAAUCUCAAAUAGUCUACAUCUGUCAUCUGAUGUUGCUGGUGCAACAUUCAUGGCAGCUGGUUCCUCGGGUCCUGAAUUGGCAUCCACUUUCAUUGGUGUAUUUGUAGCAAAGGCAAGUCCUCUCCAUAUCUGUUUUGAUUUGGAUAUUGGUUGA